AUAUAUGUAAACUAAAUCUAAAUUAUAAUUCUUAAAGUAACAUUUAUUACCUAAAGAAGAUAUUAUGUAAAAAAAAAAAAAACUAGAGAAGAUAAUAUCGUCCUACAAUGCGGCCGCCACCAGCAACAUUGUACCUUUAAUUAAUCAUCAUACUUUCCUUUAUAAUUCAUUCCUCUUCCCUCCUUCACUCUACUCUUUAACACAAUUCAAAUCUUCCUUCUCCUCUCUCUAACUUAUUAUUACUCUCUUCUCUCUUAAUUAAUCAAUUAAUUAAUUAAUUAAUUAAUGGCUUCUUCUUCUCCCAUCAUCUUUUUCCUCUGUUUCAUACUCUGUUUUUCACUCUCAUCUCAAAUCAUUCUAUUACCCUUAACACACUCAAUUUCCAAAACCCAAUUCAACACUACACACCACCUUCUUAAAUCCAUCUCCACUCGUUCCUCAACGCGCUUCCACCAUCAACACCAUAGUCAUAAUCAUAACAAAAACCAAAUUUAUCUACCACUUUCACCAGGAAGUGAUUACACUCUUUCCUUCAACUUAGGUUCAAACCCUUCACAACUCAUAACACUUUACAUGGACACAGGUAGUGACCUUGUUUGGUUCCCUUGUUCUCCAUUCGAAUGCAUUCUCUGUGAAGGAAAACCACAAACGACAAAACCAGCAAACAUCACUAAAGCACACUCUGUUUCGUGUCAAUCCCCUGCAUGUUCUGCAUCACACUCAACUAUGUCGUCAAGUGAUCUUUGUGCUAUUUCUCGUUGUCCCUUAGACUUCAUUGAAACUUCUGAUUGUUCUUCUUUCUCUUGUCCUCCUUUUUACUAUGCUUAUGGCGAUGGAAGCUUCGUCGCUAAUCUCUAUCGACACACACUUUCUCUCUCUUCUCUUCAUCUUCAUAACUUUACGUUCGGUUGUGCUCACACCGCUCUCGCUGAACCCACCGGCGUCGCCGGUUUUGGCCGUGGAAUUCUGUCUCUCCCUGCUCAACUUGCAACUCUUUCUCCGAGUUUGGGGAAUCGUUUUUCUUAUUGUUUGGUUUCUCAUUCUUUCGACGGUGACCGAGUUCGUCGACCGAGUCCACUCAUUCUCGGUCAUUACGAAUCCACCGGAGAAUCUGUUGAGUUUGUUUACACUUCCAUGCUUUCGAAUCCCAAGCACCCUUAUUUCUACUGCGUGGGGCUCGCCGGAAUAUCCGUCGGGAAACGAACGGUGCCGGCGCCGGAUAAUUUAAAGAGAGUCGACGGUAAAGGUAACGGAGGGAUGGUUGUUGAUUCAGGGACGACUUUUACGAUGUUGCCGGAUAGUUUUUACAACUCGGUGGUCACUGAGUUCGAUAACCGAGUUGGGCGAGUUCACAAACGCGCGAGUGAGAUUGAAGCUAAAACGGGUAUCGGGCCGUGUUAUUAUUUAAACGGGUUAUCACAGAUACCCGUGUUGAAGUUGCAUUUUGUUGGGAAUAAUUCGGAUGUGGUGUUGCCUAGGAAGAAUUAUUUUUACGAGUUUAUGGACGGUGGUGAUGGAGUGAGAAAGAAGGGGAAAGUUGGGUGCAUGAUGCUAAUGAACGGCGGUGAUGAAACUGAAUUGGAUGGUGGACCUGGGGCUACACUUGGAAAUUACCAACAGCAAGGGUUUGAGGUUGUGUAUGAUUUGGAGAAACAGCGCGUGGGUUUUGCUAAGAGACAGUGUGCGUUGCUUUGGGAUAGCCUCAACGGUGAUAAAAACUAGUGCCCACUGUAGUUUGGGUAGCACACGAUUACUUGCCUCAGAACUGAGUUUCACUCAUGGGUCGGGUAUAGGAUAAAUGUGAAAUAAAGCCGCGAUGAAUGGUCCAGCCUCGGUCCUCCAAGACUUUGUGUACAUUCUUUUUAUAAGUCAAUGUGUACAUAAACCAUGUUAAUGUUGAUACAGUAAUUAAUUUCAUUUAUCGCUUGUUUAAUUGCACGUAAUUAUUAAUUAAGUAACACUGGCCAAAAAUGAAAUGAACAUAUUUUGAAGAGAAUCAGUAUGAUGUAACGUUGAUAUAAAACUUUUUAUACUCUCGUUGAUGUUAAAGUAUAGUGGUAAUGAGAUUAUUCGACAUCAUAUAUUUA